UUAUACUUGAUACCAGGGAUUAAACCUUGCACUGUGAGGCAGGCAGCCGCACCACUGAGCACGGCCUCCUGGGAAGUGUGCUCACCUAGCGCCCCCUGAUAAUGAAAUCUGCAGAAACUCUCCGCUUUACUUUCCUAGAGUGGGAGGUGAGCCGCACUGGCCUUGCUACUUGCCAGGCACUGUGCACGGCCCCUUACGUCACCUUGUCAAGCACAACAUUUCCAUCAUUUUCUUUUACUGUGGCGUGGGUGGGGUGGAACCAGGGCCUCCUGAGUGCCAGGCCAGGGCUCUGUCCUGGGUCUACACUCCAGCCCUUCGGUUGUGCCAAGUUCCUGACCCUUCUGGGACACGCAGGCGUGCGGCAGGGGCUCUGCCGAUGGUAUGAAGGCGAGACUGCGAGCGGCUGUGCGUCCGGAGCAGAGCGCUCAGGGUGCUCGGAGGCUGCUUUACCUCGGUCCUCACAGUAAACAUACGCUAUAAGGAGGGGGAAUUAUUUUUCUUCUCUUACAAUGCUGCACAUUGUAAGUUCCUCUCGGUGAAAGUUUGAUUAUCAAGGUGAGUGUUUGCAAUGGAGUUCACCUCUGGAGAGAAAUGACAACCCUUUCUGACACAACAGUAAUGACAAUUUUAUCCUCGGGUAAGAAGCUGAGCCACAUUCUCUGGGGAGAACUUAGCAUUAUGAAACUAUUUCAAUAUGAACUAUUAGGUCAUUAUACAAUGAGAAGUAGGUAUACAUUUUUUUCCACUAAAAUUUAUUUGAUUAUAAGUAAUUUACUUAUUCUGAUGUUUGAAAAAAAGAUAGUCAACUGUACUUUUGAUAAAAUUUUAAGGCUUUUCAGUACUGCACUAGUUACAUAGUAUACGUUAUCUAAAGAAGAGCUUUUACUAAAUGUAGGUUACAAUCCCUACACAUCUCUGACACAUUUCUUCUAGGCAGUGACCAGGCUGCAGUUUUCUUCUGUGAAGGGAGUUAUGUGUGUUUGCUUCAGUGGCUCAUCUGGGCUGGGACCUCAGAGUCAGGUUACAGGAGCAGUGGGAAGCGACCUGGUAACACGGGGCUGUUAGGUUUCCUGCCCUGUGUGAUGAUAGGCGUGGUGCAAACACAGCUAGUUUUUAACACCCUUAGAGGUGGCAGGGGUGGGAAGAGCUUGCUUCUGUGUCCGUCGUGCACUGAACCAGCAGACUGAGCAGUGCAGGAGCUGCCUGAGGAGGCCUCGAGGUCUCGGGGCAGCGCCUGGGCGCGCUCUGCCCCAACAUGUGUGACACACGAGCGGGCACUUGCACUAGGCAGCGUGAUGAGCACUGCUUAGCUUCUCAGCAGGUUUUUCAUAUCAGAUGUGACAGUGCAAAGAACUGGAAAUUCAUAGCUGGUCACUCAAGCUCAUAGAAGAAAGAACAUUUAAAAAGUUGUAUGUGGAUAAAAUAAAUCAAAGUGUCAAAUUAUGCUGUCUUGAACCGAUGUUUGAUUGUUUCUCUUAUGGUGAUAUUAACCAUUUGUAUUUUUAUUUUGUAGCUUGUACACUGAGGAUAUUGGGAUUGUUUUUCUCUCUCCAAAGCACCCUCGCUCUGUAUCGUGUCUGUGCUUGUCUCCACAGCUCUCGAUUUAUUUGGAUGGAGUGCCUCACCAGAGCCGAAACCGACAUCGUGCUGUUGGUGGACGGGUCGUGGAGCAUCGGCCGGGCGAAUUUCAGGACUGUGAGGAGUUUCAUUUCUCGUAUUGUGGAAGUUUUUGAGAUUGGCCCCAAAAGAGUGCAAAUUGGCCUCUCUCAGUACAGCGGAGACCCCAGGACAGAGUGGCAGUUAAACGCUCACAGAGACAAGAAGAGCCUGUUGCAAGCGGUGGCAAACUUACCCUACAAAGGGGGCAACACUCUCACCGGUUUGGCUUUGAAUUUCAUUCGCCAGCAGAACUUCAAGACCCAGGCUGGCAUGCGGCCUCGUGCUCGAAAAAUUGGUGUCCUCAUUACUGACGGGAAAUCCCAGGACGACUUCGAGGCGCCGUCCAAGAAACUCAAGGACCAGGGCGUGGAGCUGUUUGCUAUUGGUAUUAAGAACGCUGAUGAAGGUGAAUUGAAGACGAUCACCACGGAUCCUGAUGUUACCCACACAUACAACGUGGCUGAUUCUGAGUCGCUCUCUACUGUUGUGGACGACCUCACCAGUAACUUGUGUAACAGCGUCAAGGGUCCAGGUGACUUGGAAGCGCCUUCUAACUUGGUUAUUUCUGAGCGAACUCACCGUUCUUUUAGAGUGAGCUGGACACCUCCUUCUGACAGUGUGGACAGAUACAAGAUGGAAUACUACCCCGUCUCAGGAGGGAAACGCCAGGAAUUUUCUGUAAAUCGACUGAAAAUCAGCAAAGUGUUAAAAGAUCUGGAGCCUGGAGCUGAAUACGUUGUGAGCGUCUAUUCCAUGGUGGGAAAUGAAUACAGCGAGGCUCUGAAAGGCACAGGAAGCAGCUCUAAGAGAGAUUAAGCACACACUCAUCUGCACAUGCGUGCACACACACACACAUUUUCUGUUUUACUUUCCAAGAUAAAUAGGUGAUAGCCCAUGUAGGUCUUUUUGUCACCCCUUGAUUCAGUAUCUAUUCGAUGGAUAUUUACCAAGUGCUCAAUAAACGCUUCCUACUAUCCAGUCUUGCUGGC